AUCAGUUACAUUCAAGUUAUGUAUUUGCAGCUUUGAUAAUCAGAAACCAGAUUAAAAUCAAGUGUUCUAGUUGGCGGCUGGACUGCCAGUUCCUCAUUGAUGGCACGGAAAAACUUGAAUGCCCUGAGGAGCCCACAUCAUAACUGAGGCGAUGAAGAACAGUUAAAGCCAUAAGGUUUUUGGCCAGCAACAAAAUUGUGAUAUGUUGAAGUUAUAAGAAAUCUCAACCAAGCCAAACAUGAUGUUAGUUUCAAAGCCUCCAUUUCCAUGUACCUCAAGAAAUCAUCGCAUUUAUUAGCAAAUUUGUGAACUAAAAUGCCUCACGCAACAAUAAGACACGGAAACCAGAUACUGGAAUGCAUGGAAAUGAUGAUGCCACCAAGAACAAUCCUAUUGGUAAUCAAGGAUGACUACGCUUCCAGGAGAUACUCAAAUCAACUCUCUUCCAGUCAUAUGAAUACUUCAGAUUUCUACGUUCUACAUAUACUAGGACAGAGCUGCGACUCUAACCACUUAAGGAAAAUUAUAUCAACAUACAGAGGUCGUUUCUUACCUGUGAUACAAGCAGCAAAGAUUGAAGCUCCGCUCCUUCUAUAUGACCAUUGACCUCAUGGGUGAUGGAAGAGAGAAUUUCGUACAGGCUGUACUUAGAUUUGGAGAUAGCUGUGAUGACUUCCUUGCUGGUUUAGGGCAGAGUACAGCUCCUGGUACAAUGUUUUUGGCUAACCCCAGCCUGGAAUUGUGUUCCUCACCAUAAGCUGAUGCUGCAGGAAUAAUCUUCCAUAGACAGUGAAAAGGGUGUGAUCCCUUCCACUUGAUUUAUCACCCAAAAUCAGAGACGUAUGUUUGGUUCAUUAAAUCAUUACAUUACUAUUUAUCUUUCUUUAUAAAGUAAAAAAAGGAAAAUUAUAACAAUAAGAAUAUAGGGAGACUAGAGCGAUUAGCUAUAACAAUCUUAUUCAACAUAUUAAAGAAACUAAUUAUAAUUUG